CUGCACAACCAGAAUCUUGAUGUAUCGCCAUCACGAAUAAUCUUGCGGUUGUGCUCAGUGAUAAAUCCCUUGUCCAACAUGAUCGACUUCGACGUCGUGAGGUCGCCGCAUUCAUGGCUCCUGCUCUUGCUUGGAUUGGCUCUGUACGCAUAUAGGAGGACUCGCAGCCGGGGACAUUCGGAGAGUGCCUCGUCGUCAACUCCCAUCGUGGAGGAGAAGAAGAUAAUUCCCGAGUAUUCAGAAGAUGCAUACUAUCAGAUUGAGCCCCUUACGGACUUCGACCUUGAUCACACUGAGCCGGAGAAGCUGCGACCAUUUAAGCCAAAGUAUUAUCUUACGAUGGCCAUCCAAAACAUCACCCCCUCGGAACUCGUCGCCAUGGACAAAACCUACGCCUCGCGUGUCGCUCUGCGAAAACACCUGCUCCAAACCCGGCAACAGGACGUCUUAGCCUACACUUCUGAUCCCCGCAUCGCGCCCGCCGUCCGGGAAUUCUACGACUGGAUCAUGGGCGUCUACCUGCCUCGCCGCUUCCCCACCCUUUUCACACUGACCGAGAAGGGUCUACGGAAUCAUGUGACGAGCGAGACAAUCACAAUAUCACCGACGGACAUCGAAGAAGCCCUGCGCCUCCUAGGCGAGAACAUUGACGACGAUUUCCUAUUCCUAAUGCCGGACCCUGCGCCCUCAUCCUGUGAUACCAGCACCACUGCCACGACGCAGGCACCACCAUCCCAAGGCCCCUACCGCCUCCAAGCCUUCAUCACGCUCUUCCCCUCUGGCUUCCGCACCCUAUAUAAACUGGGCCUCACGCUGUCCGACAUCCACGGCCCGGUGCCGCACUACAAGCCCGUGCUGGAGAAAUCCAUGGACCGGUUCUUCGCGAGCCUGCCGACGGGGAAGGUGAUUAAGAGGCAUAAUUGGGGGGUUACGAGGACGAGGGAAUUGCUGCUUUUGGGAGGUACGCAUUUGAGUGGGGAGGAAGGUGAUGUGAGGGAUGCGAGGGAGGGUGGACUUGAUGAGGGGGGUAAGGCAGACGAAGAGCAGCAGGAAGAAGAGCACAUCGACAUCAAUGAGACUGUCGUGCGAUGUGAGCGGCAAACCCUGCACCGGCUUCCGCGUAGCAGGGCGAUCGUGUUUGCUUUCAAGACCUAUCAGUAUGGGCUAAAGGAGUUGAGGGAUGAGGGUAUGGGGCACGAGAUUGCGGAUGCGAUUGAAGGGUUGGGCAAAGGGAAUGCGCCGGGGAUGACGAGGUAUAAGAGUGCGGUUGUUUGGGGGAGGCAUGUUUGUCGGUUCUUGAGGGGGGAGGGAGAAGGGCGGGAGGGAGGUUAA